GUUGUCAGGUCGAGUUUAUUUGAUGUUGGAUUAGGCUAUAAGUAGUGACCGCAGCCAGCUGGCAGACAGACCGUGACCUGCUCAUAAAACCGUCAACUCGCCCUGCAUCUCCCUUUUAAUUCACUCCACUCCACUGUCCGCUACAGCGCAUGAAUCACAUGGAAGGAAUGCGAAACAUCUUUCUGCGUAUACGCGUAUCACGUACUUUGGCUAGACUUCGACUUUGUCUCUCGUCCUAUCGGAAAAGUGGACCGUCAAUGUCUCCAUGUGAAGUUACAAUGGUAUAAAUUCUCUUGUUCCGCAGUUGUGACUGGAGAAUAAGUUUAACUGUUUGCAUCCUCAGCUGCUGACAAUAAGUGGUACUAUUUCGGUGACAUUCAAAUCGGAUCAUUUGUUGGACUUCUUUCUUUCAUUCUUUAUGAUGCGAGGCUCCUGUAGAAAGUCAGGACUAAGGCUUGAAGUUUUAAUCGAUAUAAUGACGCCGGGAAAAUAGCAUCUGAGCGAAGCCAGCUUCAUCCCCUUCCGCAAGAACAAAAUUUAAUGCAACGAGGGGCAGGCAUUCAAAGAGCAAGAAUUUGAGGAGUUUAUGGUCUGUUGUUUUUAUCAGCCGGAAUCAACUAAAUUUUUUUCCGCAAGGAGGAUGACGGUGAACUGAUGCUGUUUAGUGUUUGUUGGCAAGGCCGCAUCUUUUGUGAGUAACCUUGGAUGCUACUUUGCAGCGCGUGUGAAACAUCACUGCCAUACGUUGCGUGUGCUCUCAUCACACCGGCCGUACACACAUGGACCGCAUGCCCAGCUCGACAGACGCUAUUUACCCAGAAUGCCCUUCGGAACUUCAGUCCAAAAUGGAGGAGCUCUCGGUAGAGGUAAUCGACGCAAAUGGUGCAUACUACAAGGCUUUUAUCAAGAACAUUCACGACAAUGAGGUCACAGUAGCUUUUGAAAACAACUGGUCGGCAGAGAGACGAGUGCCCUUUGCAGACGUCCGUCUUCCCCCUCCCUCGCCAAAUGACGAAGUCAAAGACUUAAAGGCCGGAGAUGAUGUGGAGGUCUAUUCUCGCUCCUUCGAAGGCGAGCCGUGCGGAUGGUGGCAAGCCAAGAUUCAGAUGAUUAAAGGGGAGUUCUAUGUCAUAGAGUACGUCGGCUACGACGCUACGUACAAUGAGAUCGUACAGCUGGACAGACUUCGACGUCCAAACACGCAGCCCAGCCUCAAUGCAGAGACAUUUCACAAGGUGUCUAUCUCCGUGCCGGCGGACAUCAGGGAAUUUGCCAAGGACCCCAAGCACCACCAAGACUUCCUCAAGUCCACCGGGGCGCUGGCCAUCGUCUACAACGACGACACCGAUUCGCUGCUUGUCUUUGGCAACUCAGCCUCCCUGAUGCGGCGGGCUGAGCUUCUAAGCGACAUGCACUUCCGCAGCCUGCGGGAGAAGGUACUGAUGCUGGGCCGGACGGAGGAGGCGGCCCAGCAGCUGGAGAGCACCCGCUCCCAGUUGGAGGGGCAGGGCAGCAGCGUGGAGGAGUUCCGGGUGGCCGAGGAUCUGAUGGGGCUGGCCAUUGGGGCACACGGUGCCAACAUCCAGAACGCCCGGAGGAUCCUGGGGGUGCGGCGCAUCGACCUGGACGAGGACACGUGCACCUUCAGGAUAUACGGGGAGGUCGAUGCCAUCCGGCAAGCCCGGGGCAUGCUGGAGUACGGAGAGGAAGUCUGUGAAGUCCCAAGGAGUGUUAUAGGCAAGGUCAUCGGCAAGAACGGCCGGGUCAUCCAGGAGAUCGUGGACAAGUCGGGCGUGGUGCGGGUCAAGAUCAAGGGGGACAACGAACGGGACAGCUCUUCAGACAACAAUUUGGUGCCCUUCAUGUUUGUGGGGACCAAGGAGAGCAUCGUGAACGCCCGGGUCUUCCUUGAGUACCACCUGGCUCACCUGAAGGACAUGGAGGAGCUGCGUAUCCAACGCCUCCAGAUUGACCAGCAGCUGCGCAACUUCAGCGGCGGCUACCAGCCCGGGCCCUACUUCCCCCCGCCCCGGGACCGCAGCGAGCGGGGCUAUGGCUCGGACUUCUCAGAAGAGGGCGGGAGUGGGCGUGGCCGGCGGGGGCGGGGCAGGGGCCGGGGUGGCUCAAGGGGGGGCAGCCGAGGCGGGCCCCGCGGGGGCCUGAACAGUUCAGGGCGGGGCUACAGUGCGUCCGACCAGGACAUGGCAUCGGGCGAGGACGGGGCGCGGUCCAGCGACUGGGCGGAGCAAGUCCGACUGGACGACAAAAACCACACCUACGAACUGAGUGGGGCCUCGUCCAGAGGCGGAGCCUCGUCCAGGGGAGGGUACCCACCCAGGGGCGGGGCUUCCAACAGAGGCCGGGGGAGGUCAUCCCAGGGUCGCGGCCGCGGCAGAGGGGGCUAUGACGGACACCGCAACAGUACACCGCCCUCGGAAACGGACGAGGACAGCUACCGGGACAACCGUCGCCGUCGAAACGACGAGGAAGAUACGCUCUUAGGGGACACAACGGUAGACGACGACACCAACAACACGGAGAAAGAAGAUGACGGGAGUAGACGGAACAAGCGCCGUCCCCGUAGACGCAGGAACAGAGGUCGUGGAGGUAGCGAAAACGGCAACGGGGUGCAUGAGAACUACGCGGACGACACAGACACCAGCAAAGCCAGCUCCCCCAUGCCCAGGCGACGUUUAGGGGGUGGUGGCAGCAGUCAGCGGGGUGCCAGCAACUCACAGGGUACCGGCGGUGCCAGGCCCCCCAGCGCGGCUGGCGACACGUUGGAGAGGCGGGAAGUCAACGGCGAGGGCAAAGCCACGGCGAGGGCUGAUAACGGCGCAGCUGCCCGGCCACCUCUGUCCAACGGACCCAAGGAGCAACGGGAUCCGAGGGGACCACGGAGCCGACGGCCACCUUCCAGCGGCCCGACCAAGGCAGUGAAAUUGCCAAGCAAUGACGCAACUCCGAAUCAACCUGCGGAUGCCCCUGCCAAGGCUGUCCCUCCCACUGUGACUAAGGAUCCGCCCCAGCUAGUCAAUGGUACAGCCUGAAUCCUUUUUGUGUGUCCUGUGAGUUCAUUCAAGGUACAGUGGCCCAUACCAGUUUUACAGGUACCAAUGAAAAGGGGGUACGCCACAUAACUUAAGAGAGUGUGUUGUUAAUUAGUGUGUGUUUAAAACUUUCUAUUAAAAGGAAUGAUUGAAGAAAGACAAACAAAGCCUGCCUUAAACAUACUGGCCAAAAUAUUUAAAUUGUUCCUAGUGGGAAGCAUGAACUGAACAGUGCCGUAAUUGUUUUGAAGUUUCACUUAAGUACAAACGAUAUAAAAGGCAUAUAGAGAACCGAUUGUAAUGAAACUUAGCCUACGGACAUCUGAUUAUUUAAUUACUACUUCUAGCAUGUUAAACUCCCAGUUUUGCGUUGUUACUUCUUUUCAAUAAAAAGUAAAACAAAAAGAGAGAUUAAAAAAAAAUUAAGCAAACGGUUUGUAGCCUAGUCCUCUUGUUCACCAAAGAUUAUCCCUUUUUUUCAUAUUUAUUCAUUGAUUCAAAAGUCAUGUACUGUACGUUGCAUGCCGGUAGUUGGCACUUAGAAAUAGGCUCCAUUUGUUUGCGUAGACUAAAGAGAGUGCAAUACGUUAAGUACGAUGAGGUUUUCUGACACGAUUUCUUCGUAUGUUUUCCAACAAUGGGUCACACUGUGUUAGCUUAAAAAAAAAACCGCGGACAGGUUUGGAAAGGUUGCAUUAAAUAAGUCACGUUUAAGUGAUCUUUUUUUAACAGCGAGAGACCUUUUUUUUCUCGUUUUGUUCAAGAUUAUGAUACAGGUUAGAAGAAAUUGAUAUGUUAGCUACCUUCCUUGUCUGCAGAAAGUAGCCAAAGGGAGCUCUUGGAUUCUUGUGGUUUCGGAAAACUUCAAGGAAAAGAAGGAAAAAAUAAACAUUGAAGCUCCCCGAGAAUGGAAGAGAAAAAUUUAAAACGUUAGAAUGCUUCAGUGAUGUUAAAGACUGUUAGCCAUUGAAAGCUUCGCUUGUACAAAUGCUGUAGCUUUUUGACACUAAAAGUUGGCAUAUUAAACACCAAAAGUAAAAAAAAAAAAA